AUGGCGAACACAUCGCCUCAGUUUCACAACGGUCCAAGGAGAGGGACUGGGCGGGGGGGGGGGGCUAAUGGACAGCGGGUGCAGCCAAUCGUUUUAAAGAAGACGCGUUCCGACUCGCCCAAUGGUAGGCUCGGGGAACGCCCAGGAGGCGUGGCCGGCGGGCGGGGGGCGGGGUCUGUGAUGUCGGUGCCGCUCGCGGUGACGGGCGCGCGAGGAAUUUCAAACAUUCGGGACAGGAAGAGGAGCCGGGAACAGGGGGAGCGGGUCGGCGACACCAACACCGACACCGACACCACCGAGCCACUCCACUCACCUCCGCACCGCCUCGACCCGGAGGGCCGCUGGGGAGGAGAGGUCCAGCCGCGGUUCGUGUCGCGGUUCCCCGGGCGGAGAGGGGCGCCUCUGCUCCGGCCGGGAGCGCCGGUGUCUCAGGGACCCGGGGGAGAAGAGCGGGUCCGGCCCGGGCGAGCUGCGGUGCUGAUCGCCCCUGAAGCCGGUCUGCUCCGGGUCUCGGCGCGCUGCGUGGCGUUGCGACUCAUCCCGUCGGGCCGCUGGUAUUCCUGGCCGCGGGCACACCCUCCCGGCUGGCGGGUCGGGACUGUUAUCCUCGGGGUGGAGGGGGGUUACCAGCCUCACCAGCCCUGCCCUGUCCUGUCCCGGGACCCGCUCAGCCGGGGCGGCAGACAGGAAGCGGGGGUGGUGAAGCCGGCUGUCACCUCCGCCCCCCCCCCGGGGUGCCCCGGGUCCCGCCUCAGCGGUCGGAGCUGCAGCUUUCCGGUCUCCGACCCCUUUGCGGGUGUGGGGGUGCAGGACUCGCGCUCCGGGGUGCUGGUGCUGCUGAUGUCUGAGCCCGUUUGCAUGCGGACCCGCCCCGCCCGCCGGCCGCUCUCUCCACCAGCUGAUUGCACCGCGAUGUGGGCGACCGUCCGUCCGUCCGUCCAUUCCUCCUGCCGCCGGACCAGCGGGCUCGCUCUGUCUGGGGGCCCCCAGCAACAGGCCACAAAGACGGGGCUUCUGCAGACUGACCUGACGGUGACCCCAGAGAAGGCGGAGCCGGGGCCUGUCCAGGUGGGGGGGGGCAAGGUGCCCAUUGCACAGGGCAGCGAGCCGCAGGCGGCGCAUGAGCCCUGCGCGAGCGGAGCGCUGAGUGCCGGGGCCAUGCUGCAGGAGGGGGAGGCCGAGGCCGAGCUGCAGCGCCUGGCCCGCGAGCUCCAGGAGGCCAAUGAGGAGAAGCUGCAGGCGGCCCGGUACGGCCUGGCCGUGCUGGAGGAGAGCGCGGCCCUCAAGCAGAGGUACGCCGAGCUGGAGGGCGAGCACGAGGCCCUGCGGCAGGAGCUGCAGCAGCUCAAGGAGGCGCUGGCCGAUUCGGUGAGCAGCCACAAGCGGGCGGCGGCGGACGGGGAGAGCCGGGAGGAGACGCUGCUGCGGGAGACGGCCAGCAGGGAGGCGGCGCUGGCCGAGAGGAUCGAGGAGCUGCAGGCCGAGCUGCGCCAGGCCAGGGUGACCCUCGCCAACGCCCAGGCCGAGGGGGACCGGCUGGCCGCCCUCUCUGCCCAGCUCAAGAAGGUGAGGCCGGGGUCGCCGUGGGGACGCUCCUGGUACUGGAGGCUGCGGGCCUUACAGUCCUGGGGUGUCCUCGUGAGCCCUGGGGGCAUUGUACCGGUGUCUGAUGACUCCUCGGCCCGCGGGCCCGCAGAACUGAAGGGCUUUGUGAGAGCCGCGUCCCUUGAGAUGGUGGAGUUCGAGACGGUGAAGCUGGAGCUGAAGAACAAGGAGGAGGAGCUGGAGCUGCUGCGGGGGCAGCUGGAGGAGGCGGGCCGGCUGCGCGAGAUCGCCGAGCGCCAGCUGGACGAGGCCCUGCAGGGCCUGAAGGAGGAGCGCGAGCAGAAGAACAGCCUGCGCCGGGAGCUGUCCGCCUACGCCCUCAACCCCUUCGACUCCGUGGGCAGCCUGCAGCUGCACCUGGACGAGCUGCAGCUGGACGACAGCCGCGAGGCCGAGCCGGACCAGGACAGCGGCUUCAACAGCGGCAGCGGGGGGCCGGGCUGCCCCCCCUCCAGCGCCAACGGGCACCACCGCUACUCCACGCCUCGCAACAGCGACGUCUUCCUGCGGCCCGCGCCGGGCCUGGUGUCCGACCUGCUGAGCGAGCUGAACCUCUCGGAGAGCCAGAAGCUCAAACAGCAGCUGCUGCAGGCGGAGAGGGAGAAGGUGGCGCUGGCCGGGACGGUGCAGGAUCUUCAGAGGCAGCUGGAGGACGCCAAGCAGGCCCUGUCGGAGCAGCAGGGCAGGAGUGCCGCGCUGGCCGAGCAGCUGGAGGCCCUGCAGGGCGGUGCCGACACUCUGCCGCAGCGACAGCAGGGCCCCAGGGGGGAGCCGGAGAGCGGGGCAGACCCGGAAGGAGGUAAGGAUUGCCCUGAAGCGGAGCACCGCCUCCGGACGGCCAGCGAGGAGCUGGCCCAGCUCCGGAGGGACCUGCAGGAAGCGGAGGCCCGGAGCGCCGGGCUGGAGGCCAGGCACAAGCAGGAGAAGGAGCGCUGGAGGGCCGAGGCGCAGGAGCUGGCCGAGAAGAUCCGCCAGUGCAUCAGGUCCAGCCGGCAGGACCAGGAGCGGAUCCUGGAGCUGGAGAGGGAGAUCGGAGCCACCCGGAAAGUCGCCACCGACUCGGAAGGCCACCUGACCAUGGCCCAGGAUGAGCUGGUGGCCUUCUCCGAAGAGCUGGCCAACCUCUACCACCACAUCUGUGUGUGCAACAACAUGACGCCCAACAGGGUCAUGCUGGACUACUACCGGGAGGGCGGCCGGGCCAGCAGGGCCCACCAUGGCCCCCUGCGCCGCAGGCGCUCCUCCGAUCUCUUCGGGAAGAUGCUCUUCAACCCGGAUGGUGACAGCGGGGGCAGUGGGGAGUCCUCGCCUGUCGGGGGCAGCCCCAACUCCCCCACGCUGGAUUUCCGGGACCCCACAAACGUUCGCAACCUGGUGGCGGUCAUCCGGAACCAGAUCAAGCAUCUCCAGGCGGCGGUAGAUCUGUGCCGGCAGCGUGGGACCCUUCCCUGCUCUCCCGCCCUGGGUCUCCCCGAUACGGACAGGGACUCGGCGGCCCUGCUGGAGGAGGUGCUGAAGCUCAAGUCCCUGCUGAGCACGAAGAGGGAGCAGAUCGCUACGCUGCGGACCGUCCUCAAGGCCAACAAGCAGACAGCGGAGCUGGCCUUGUCCAACCUGAAGACCAAGUACGAGACGGAGAAGAGCCUGGUGUCCGAGACGAUGGUCAAGCUGCGGAACGAGCUCAAGGCGCUGAAGGAAGACGCCGCCACUUUCUCCUCUCUCAGAGCCAUGUUUGCCAGCAGGUGCGACCAGUACGUGACCCAGCUGGACGAGAUGCAGCGGCAGCUGGCGGCGGCGGAGGACGAGAAGAAGACGCUGAACUCGCUGCUGCGCAUGGCCAUCCAGCAGAAGCUGGCGCUGACGCAG